AGCUGAAGUCGGCGCAUGCGCAGUUAAAUUUCGGCCAUCUUUGUCCAGCACAGUGUGAAGAGACUCCAGUGUCCCUGUGUUUGCUGCAGUGUCCUACAUUAGUGUAGCAUACUGUCAGCAGAGCAAUAAGUGCUGCACAAUAAGCGGUUAACUCUCUCUUGGUGGUUUGAAGUGAAAAGAUGUCAGAAACGGCUUUGAAAUUUGGCCCAGAGUGGCUACGAGUGCUGUCUCACGGCGGUAGUGUGUCCUCUCCACCACCCAGCCCGGGAGUCAACAAGAUGAAGAGGGCAGAACAUCGCUAUGGUCGGGAGGAGAUGUUGGCACUCUUCAAUAAGCAUCAAAGUCCACCAGAUGGAAUGCAAGCGCUUGGCUCGCUGUAUGUCGACAAGGCUCAAGAACCACUGGCUUUCAUACCCAUGAAUGAGGAAGAACAGCGUAUGUGGCAGAGAGGGGUAAACAGUGAUGUAGUGCUUCGUCAGGCUGGGCGUGCUCCUGUCAAUGGGGUGGGGAGAGGUCGAGGAGGCAGUGUGGAUCGGGGUCGAGGACGUGGCAGGGGCACCGGCUCUUACUACACUCGUGGGCUCAGCUAUGAUGAAGAGGUGGAGCCACGGGGCCAUAAAGAAGGAGGACCACCCGGCAUUGGCAUUAGAAGUAAACCAUAUGAGAGGUCGCAGAGCGUGCAUGAGCAAAGGCCUUGGAGUGAGCGGGCUCCCGCUGGCACAGUGCCGGGGGUUGGUGUUGUGCCUGAGGACCGCAACGGAGCAGUAUCACCACGAAAGGAGCAGGGACGGGCCUCCACAGAGAAUUGGAGGUCCCGGGCUGGUGAAAAUGAUGACAGUGAACGCUGGAGGGGAGUUGGGGGCGGCCGGAGUGAAAAGUGGGGUCCUCGUGGGUGGCGUGAGCGAGAAAAUGGGCUGGAAGGUGACUGGGAGGAGGGGUUAGGGCGGGGCAGUACCCGAGGAAUGCCUGCCUCAUCGCGGGGCAUGCGGCAACCCUGGGAUGAGAAAGAUGGGCAUUUCCGCAAGUCCUGGGAUGAAGAUAAUUUGCCAGAAUGGUAUAUCGUCCGAGCAACUGAAAACUCUGAUGAGAAAGGUGGAAGUUUUGAUGCUUCUGGUGCCUUCCAUGGACCUGGGUGGUCUGAUGAGGAGGAGCCCACAGCUGAGGGGCGUGGCUGUGGCCCUGGCAGACCUCGACAGAAGUCCUCCAGCCCUGACAAAGGCACUCUAUCUGACAACUCAGCAACUGAUAAAGCAGAGGCUGGCAAGGGUCAGGAUGAUUCUGAGUCGGUGGAGGAAAAGGCACAGAAAAAAGCAAUGGAGGAGGAGCCUCAGCCCAGACACUCCCCAAUGAACAAUGGGAUGGACCCCACUCAAGUUCUUCACCCGCCUAUUGAUUCCAUACCCUCUGAGGUGCAUUUCUUUAACAUAUAUGGAUCAACCACAGAAGAAUCACAAGGCAGGGAAGAGAACAGGGGAAGUCCAAAUGAGAUGGAGCCAGGCACUGUGAUUCCAGAAACCAUGAUGAACGGUGUCGUCUCAGAGGAAGAGAGCAGUGGAAGGGAGGCCCCGGCGCCCCCUCCGUUCCAGGCGGGAGUGGGGCCAGUCCCAGUGCAGGCACAGAACUCUGAGGGUCCAGAACCUGUGCCUGGGUUGGGACGGGAGCACCAGGGGGAGGAGGAGAAGCUGGAGCACAUGCAGAGUGUUGCGGAUGACUUGGUGGCAAAGCUAGUUGAAGAAGAUGAUCCCCGACCCCGGUCCAAUCCUCCCAACCCCGGUGUGACGCCCCCAGGACAGAUGGGACCCAUGCCAGAGCCAGCGCCGCUCCCCACUCACACUGCCACAGAGGACAAGUGGUACUACACCGACCCUCAGGGUGAGAUUCAGGGUCCCUUCUCCUCCAAUGACAUGGCUGAGUGGUAUAAGGCCGGCUACUUCACCCCAAGCCUGUUGCUUAAGCGCGAUUGUGAUGACCAGUUUGCUCAACUGGGGGACCUUACUAGGGUGUUUGGUAGGGUGCCCUUCAUUCCAGGACCCCCAGUUCCUCCCCUUAAGCUACCAGAACUGCUGGCAGCACAGAAGCAGCAGGCUGAAAGAGAGCGCUUGGAGUUGCUGCAGACUUACAUGUUGCAGAAGCAGGUUUACCAACAGCAGAUUGCUGCCAGACAACAAGUGUUACAGAAGCUGCAAAGUCUUGAGGAGUGGAGCACAUUGAACCCAAUCCAGCAACAGCAGUUGUUCAUGCAGCACAUGAUGACCAUGUUCCCUGGCCACCCUCCCAUUCCCCCCACAGUGCCUCCAUCCACUGCCAUACCUCAGACCACCCAGGUGUCCGCCCCCAUCCCUGAUCCAAGGAUUGUUGCUGGACCAGAUCCUAGAAUCCUGCCGGGCCCUGCUGGACCACCAUCCUCUAAACCUCAGGAUCCCAUACAAGCUCUUGUUGCACAAAUGCAAACCAACUCCAUUGCGAGUAGCACAGCCAUGACCAGCUCCUGUGAGGGGCUGCUUACCUCCCAGCUUACAGCAACAUCCAUGGCAGCUGAAAACCCUCUGCAGAAAUUAUUGAUGCAGCUGCAAAGGGGACAGCAACCUGGAAUGGGACCAAUGGGAGGAGGCCCAGUAGGAGGAGGAGCCCUGGGAGUGGGUAUGACAGGAGCAGCAGGGGGAGUAGGGGGAGUGGCAGCUCCCCCGGUAGCCACACCUCCCACCACUGUGCCAACAAUAGAGAAGCCGCCUGAGCAGCAGUUUGAUGCGAUCCAGUCCCUCAUGCAGCAGCUCACCAGCAUGCAGACUCCAGCACAGGACCAGAUGCAGCAGGAGGAGCAGCGCAGACGUGAUGAAGACCAGAAGAGAAUAGAGGAGGAGAGGAAGCUGUUAGAAGACCAAAAGAGAGCUGAAGAGGAGAGAAUCAAAAUAGAAGAGCUCAGGCUGAAGGAGGAACUGAAGAGGCAGGAGGAGCAGAGAAGAAACCUGGAAGCAAUGCGACGCCAGCAAGAGGAGGAGGCUCAGAGGCUGGAGGAGGAGAGGAGGAAGAUGAUGGAGGAGCAGAUAAGAAGGCAGGAGGAAAUGAGAAGAAUUGAAGAGGAGAAGGUUAGAAAAGAAGAAGAACAGAAGAAGUUGAAGGAUCAACAGAUGAAUGAAGCCAAGCGGAGACAAGAGGAGCAGCUGCGCCGUCAAGAGGAACACAGGCGACAACAGCAACAACAGCAGCAGCAGCAACAACAGCAGCAACAGCAGCAGCAGCAGCAACAGCAGCAGCAGCAGCAGCAGCAGCAGCAACAGCAGCAGCAACAACAGCAACAGCAACUACUUCAGCAGCAACAGCUGCUUCAACAGAAGCAGCAGGAGGAAGCAGCCAAGAGGAAAGAGGAAGCUAGAAGACAAGAGGAACUCCGUAGGCAGCAGCAGGAGGAGGAGAGAAAGAGACAGGAAGAAGAGAGGAGAAGGCGAGAAGAGGAGGAGGAGGAAGCAAGACAGCAAGCACAGAUCCAGGAGGAAAUGAGGAGGAUUGCCCUUGAGGAGGAAAGGAGACACAUGCAGCAGGUGGAGGAGGAGGAGCGGCAGAGACAGGCUGAGGAGGAAGACAGGAGACACCAACACCUCAUGCAUCUAAAGAAUAUUCUACCUGCCUGGAAUACUCAGAACCCAGCUCCAGCCCCUGAAGCAGCCCCAGCACCCUCCCUAGCUGACAUUCAGCGUGCCCAGGAGGAGAAAGAGAGGAGGGAACGGGAGGUGGAGCUCCAGAUGCAGCAGCAGCGGCAGAGGGAUGCCCAGAGACAGGCAGCAGAAGAGGCACGUCAGAAGAACUCUGGUCUGAAGUGGGCUGCCAAGGCUCAAGCCAAUCCUGCUCCUGCUCCUGUCAAGUCUCUCCUGGAGAUUCAAGCAGAGGAAGAAAAGGAGCUUAAGAAACGCCAAGAGAAGGAGGCAGCUGAGCGAGCUGCAGCAGUGAGCCACAUGAGUUUGGGGGCGGCAGGCGUGUGGGGCUCUGCCAUGUCCAACCUUUCCUGGGCCAGCCGUGCCUCCACUGUGGGGACGACUGCGGCCAGCCACCAGUCUAGUCAACAGUGGGGUGGAAAUAAUGGUGGUCAAUCAGCCGGUGGUGGUCUGUGGAACAACACAAACCAGCCUGCUGCAGUCACCACUUCCAACCCUGGCCAAUCCGUCUGGAACAAUGACCACUCCUCCAUCUGGAACCAUGCUGACAACUCAUCAUCCACUGGUGAGAUGCUGACCCUUCUCAUGUCUGCAUUUCAGUUCUAGGAUUGGCAACUUUGU